AUGCAUGAAUCAUUUUCCUGGUUAGAGAAAGUGCCAGUCCUUGCUUAUAUAUUUAGUCCUUUCUUGCUCAACUGCUUAAUAGGAACGCUGAUCUAGUUCAAAAUUAAUUUGUCUUUGUUCUCUUGAGCCGAAAAAUCAAGGCAUGGCUUCUGGAGGAUCGAAACCUACAGCAGUGAUGCUCUUGUUUCUCAAUCUUGGGCUGUAUAUCGUUGUAACAUUAGUAGCUGGGUGGGCUGUAAAUCAUGCAAUUGAAAGAACUCAUGAAACAGCAUCUGUUUUAUCAAUCCCAGCUCGUAUAUUUCCCAUAUUCUUUCCAAUGGGAAACAUGGCCACCGGUUUCUUCAUCGUCUUCUCCCUCAUCGCUGGUGUUGUGGGCGUUGCCACCUCAGUUACAGGACUCACCAAUGUUCUUCAAUGGGAUGCACCAAAUUUAAACGCUGCAGCUUCUUCAUCCCUGCUCACUUGGGCACUCACUCUGCUAGCCAUGGGAUUGGCAUGUAAAGAGAUCAACAUUGGCUGGACAGAGGCCAACUUGCGGACUUUGGAAGUUAUAACUAUAAUUGCGAGCGCUACGCAGUUGUUUUGCACCGGUGCUAUCCAUGCUGGGGCUGAAGAAGUUGCUCCACAGAGAAUGCAAGCUGCUGGAACAGUUUGAGUUUCACCAUCACAUAUGUCCAAAUAAUGAAGAGAAUUCCACAGAAUGAACUUUCCAUCUAGCGAAUGCUGCAAAUUAUAAUGUUAAAUUCCUUUCAUUUUCUCAAAUCUUGUGAAAUUUUACAGGCUUCCAAUUAAUUAUUACAUAUAUUGUGUUGAUCUUAA